GUUUAUAAGUUUCUCUCACACACAAUCGACACGUUUACAGACACACUGACAUUACUGUAAGAAAUCUAUACAUGCACAUAUACGUACAAUAACAAUCCCAUCCAACGUCCCACUAUGUUUCUGAUCAUACCAAAAUGAAUCAGAAAGUAAUCAGAAAAGGAUGCGUGUGUAAAGGCGAAGAAUUUGAGUAAUUUCUCGAUUGCAGAGAUUGCAACCGUGGCUGUCGGCGCGAUAAGGGGUAGUGAGCGAACGAGCCCGGAACCGUGGAAGGAAGGAGUUGGGGGUUUUGUUUAAGAAAAUUGAGGCAGCGAAGAGGAGACAACAGUGGUGGCUCGAGACAAGAUGAUGAGUUUGGAGGAAUUUUUGGCGAAGGCAGGAGCGGUGGAGGAGAACUUUUUGGAGGUGGGGGAGGAAAGGGAGCUUGAAAGAAUUUACGUGUAUGACAAUUCUCCGGUGUUCGGAAAAGGAAUGGCGGUAGGGGUGGAUUUUGGAGUGCCUUCACCAGUGAUGGGAAUGGGAGUGUCAGUAGGGGUGGAUGCGGGAAGGUCUUUGCCCGUGGAGGGAAUGGGAGUGGGCGUAGGGGUGGAUGUGGAGGGGCAUUCACCGGUAGUGGGAAUGGGAGAACCUUUGCCGGUGGUGGAUGUUGGAGGAUCUAGGAAUGGGAAAGGGAGAGAAAAGAAUGGUCUGAGCUCGUUGGGACCGGUGGAUAGGACAGAUCGGAGGGCGAUUAAGAAAAGGGAAGUUGCAGCCAGGGCAAGGGCGCGAAUGCAGGCAAGAAUAUUGGGAUUGGAGUUGAGGAAGAAGAGUUUAGAGGAAGAGAAUGACCAGCUAACGAAAGAGAAGGAACAGUUCGAAAAGGAGAGGCUUAAGAAGCUAAUGGAGAAAGUUAUCCCAGUUGUGGAAAGGCGAAGGUCUCCAUGCGUCCUGCGUAGAGUUCAUUCCAUGGAAUGGUAAUCAUUUUCAUGCACGAUGCUUGAGAUGAGAUUCAAAUGCUCGGUUUGUGACGUUGAACGAUGUUAAAAAAGCUAGCAUCGUCUGCAGAAAGAAGCUUUCUUCAGUCCAAUCAUAUACCUUAGCGUAUCGUUACUUUUCAAGAGCAGAGUUCCUGUAAAUGUAUUGAGUGAAGACUGGUGAACUCCCUCAAGAGGAGACACAAGUAUUUAGUACCUUGGAUAUGUUAAUGUAAAUGGAUUCAGGAUCUUAGAGUGUAUGUAUUCUGUAUCAUUUUGAUAAUGCCCAGUGUUUCCUUUUUCAAACUCAUUUUAUGUUUCAAAUUUUGUUAUUCAUAAAGAUAAAUAGUAUCCUCUAAGUGCAUGUUUGUUAUACAGGACAAGUCUUGGCAGUCGAAUAAAUUGAAUUUUAACGCUU